GACGGUUAGCUGGUGUUAGGUUGGAGAUCUCAACAAAGUCUUGGUAUCGGCUAUGGCGGUGUUAACAGUGAUCGAGUUUCUCCCUUUGUUGGCAAACACGUCUCUGAAUACCCAAUUUACCUACGGGUACUCCCAACCAGAGAGGCCCUCUAUACAGACUACAUAUGUACCAAUGUGUGUGGGUAUUCCCAACCUGUCCAAACAAGGGUUUGCGUUGUGAGUGUACACAAGCUAGAGUCUAGAGUUUCAGGCAUAUUAUUAGCCCUUAUUCCGGACACAUGUAAACAAAUCUGUUGCUCCAGAGUAUACCAAUGUGCCAAGACGAAAGAAAGUCGAAACCUACAGGAAUAAGUCAACGAACGUGCAUUAUAAAAAGUUGAGCAUUUAUUUGGCAUGGGUGAUAUGGAAAUACCAUGGCUGUUCCUGAACUAGUAAAUCUAUCACUUCACCAAGUGCUUUGUUUGACGCGUACCUAUUCCUAGCACAGGUAUAGUUGAAGACUGAUGACACCCAUCGGUGUAUUACAAAUUUAGUCUGUUGUGUCACCAGUCUCAGCCCGGGACACGGGGUAACAAAUAAAAUGCUACUGUGUGUUAAUCCAUGCUUUUGUAAAAGACUAUCUACUGGUACUUUGUUUCUAGUCACUGUUUACCUACUGGUCAUACUACUUGUAGUAUUUGUGUGUAAAGAUAUUCCACUAUCACCAUUAUUCAAACUCUUCCAUCAUGACCAAAAUAAAUUGUUGGAACGAGCCUCAGAAUCUAACAAGUUGAGGCUUUGGACAGCCACGCGAUACUUUGAAUCCAAGAAACCUGCAGAUUCAAUGAAGUUCUAUAAUAGAGAGGUUGAAGAUCAAAUGGACAUCGUCAUUGUCAUAGUGACAGUCAAGCGGAGGACCAAGAAGAAAUUUUCGCAGGGGUAUCUUACGCAAACAGCGGCGGCAUUAGACAGGAUUGUAAGAAAGAACAAGUCCUUUGACAUAAAGUUGUUUCUCUGUAACACUGAAACUAAAGGUUUGGAACAUAAAGAGGCUCGAUUUGUGUCGUUAUAUAUUCCUAUGAUUACAAAGAGCAAUGGCGAAUCAGAAAAAAGAAUAAUUGAAAAGAACAAUACAUAUCGAAAGGAGACCACGGAUUAUAUAUACUGCCUGGAUCAUGCCAAAUCAAUGUCACCAAGGUAUAUUUUGAUGGUAGAAGAUGACUCCAUUCCUAACGAAAACUUUCUUGAGGUUAUAAAACAUUCUUUAAAACAGCUUGGUGACCGCAAAUUUGCUUAUCUAAAAUUGUAUUACCCUCUGAAGUGGCAGGGUUUUGCUUUUGAGACGUCACGAGUUGUAGAGCUUUUGUGUUUCGGUGCGAUCGGAGGCUCUCUUUCCCUGGUGUUGCAUCGCCAUUUUCUACUUAAGAGAUACUGGAAACGUUCACAAAAUGUCCACUUUACAGCAGGUUUCUUAUACAUAAUAGUUGUUAUCUACCUGAUCGGGCGACAGAACAUCAUGUCCUUAAGAUCAUGGUCACAUCACCUUCAUCUUCUACUACCUUCGUCGGCAUGUUGUACGCCUGCCAUGUUGUAUCCGGUGGAUGCCGUUCCAUCACUUGUACAUUUCCUCAACAGUUCACAGUAUCAAGAAAAUGAAGAACACAUUGACCUUCAGAUCUAUAACUUUACAAUGACAAACAAUUUACCUGGGUAUCAAGUGGAGCCAAACUUAUUUCGACAUGUAGGAAUGGUUUCCUCUCUGUCGUCGAAAAUAAAACAGCCAGAGGAAUUUUUAUGAAUUUUAUGAUGGUGAGUUUAUGUCACGUCUCCGGUAUGAUUCUGAUUAUCAGAAUUACAUUCCAUAGACUUACAUUCUAUUUCAGAUAUGCACAGUCAUAGAAGAAGUCACUGUUAUGGUACAUCUACCAGUCUACCAUUCACUGCAACAUGUGUUCUAUUUCUUGUGUGUUAUGACAGGCAAGGUUAACACUUAUUCCAAAGGAUUGUUUUAGAUUAUUCUUUUUAAUUGUAGAGAUGAUUGUUCAAAUAUUUUACAUAUAAUAUCCAUAUGAUAGAAAGAAAUAGGGAUUAUCUUAAAGUUUAUUAGGAGAUGACUGUUUUGCCAAAUGCGUUUCCAUUAUGUAUGGCGUUGUUGGUAUUCUUAGAGAGGUGCUGUAUUUCCGUUGGGGCACAUGCCGCGGGUGGGGGUUGCGGUAAAUGCCGGGGGUAGGGGAUGGGGCACAUUCCGGGGGUAGAGGUGCGGCGCUUGCCGGGGGCUUGGGUUGGGACACAUGCCGGGAGCUUGGGGUGAGCCACAUGCCGGUUGGUGCUAAAAUAUGUGUCAGACACUCAAGUCCAUCUACUUGUUUGUUAUUUGUAUCUUUUCUGUCUAUCACAGUCAUGGGAUCUAAGAUGUUCAAAUGAUAAAUAUAUGUUCAGUUUUCAGGGAAACAACCCUAAAGAUAAAUAAUAAAUUUAAAAAAACCA